AUGUCCACAGCCCGGAUCGACCCGAGGAUGACGGAAGACUGCCUGUUCUUGGAUGUGAUCGUGCCUAAGAAAGUCUUCGACGGUGCGCGAAGCAGAAUCAAGAGACGCCAAAGCAACGGUGCGCCCGUUGUGGUCUGGAUCUACGGUGGCGGGUACACAGGAGGGUCGAAGGGAGGAUCCGGUAACCCCAGUGGUCUGAUAGCCUCUAGCCAGGCCGGUGGUGGCGACGGUAUCAUCUUCGUCGCCAUGAACUACCGCCUUGGGGCAUUUGGAUGGUUGGCUGGCCCUUCUUUGCAAGCUGCAGGAGGAGUUUCGAAUGCUGGCUUGUACGAUCAACGUCUCGCGCUCCAGUGGGUUCGGGACCACAUCCACUUGUUUGGCGGAGAUCCGAAACGCGUGACGGUAAUGGGAGAGUCUGCUGGAGGUGGGUCGAUCGUCCACCAGAUUACAGCCUACGGCGGCCAGAGAGGUGUGCCCUUCCAACAGGCUAUCUCCCAGUCGCCAGGUUAUCUACCCAUAUCAUCAUACUAUGUCCAGGAAAAUACCACGCAGGCAUUUCUGUCCUUGUUGAACGUUAGCACCAUCGAAGAAGCGCGCAACUUAUCGUCCACGUCCCUUAUGGUCGCCAAUGCACAGCAAGUUGCAGCUUCGAGAUAUGGGGGCUACUCGUAUGGACCUGUCGUUGAUGGCAUAUUUGUCCCGGCCUUGCCGAGCGUCCUCCUGAAUGCCGGGCAAUUCGCCAAACACGUCAAAGUCAUGGUAUCCCAUAUGCUCAGCGAAGGUCCUUAUUUUACUCCACCCAACGUCCAGACAGAUGAUGAGCUAGAAGCUUUUAUACAGCUGAACACUCCUGGAUUCCCCCAGGAGCUUGUCAACUAUGUUGUGAAGACGCUAUAUCCGGCACGAUAUGACGGAAGCCAACUGUAUACUUCUCCGAUUGAGCGAACUAUCUUGUUCAUAACCGAGACAUCGUUCGUCUGCAACAACUAUUUCCUCAACAAGGCCUACGGCAAUCAGACUUACGCAUAUCAGUUUGCCGUUCCACCAGGAUUCCAUGGCUUUGAUAUUCCCUAUACCUUCUACAAUGGACAGCCAACGAAUCAGACAGCUGGUAUGAUUGCACCUGUUGGGGUGGCGCUUCAGACGUACCUGACCAACUUCAUCAUGACGGGCAACCCGAACGGACGAGGGAUGCCGCCGUUCCCUAUGCAGGGAAAGAAUGCCAGCAUGAACUCGAUUGGUACCACAAUUCAGCGCGUCAAAGAUGAUACCUCCAACCAGAGGUGCGCUUGGUGGCAGAAGGCACUCUUCGCAUAA